AUGAACCCUUUUUCAACAGCAACUGGAUUUUUUCAACUAACUAAACAAUAUGAAGCCACGUACAAAGCAGCUGAUAAUUAUAUUGAAUCAACAUUAGUUGAGACUGAUAAUGAUGAAUCUGAUCUUGAUUUAUAUGAAGAUAAUGAUGUCACUGAAAACGAUAGACGAAUUGUAAUUGUAACUCAUCUUGAUGAUGAACAAUGUGUUGAAUCAACAAAUGAAAAAUUUAAUGAACUAAAAAUUCGUUUUAAUAAACAUUUAAAAACUAUUCCUGAAUUAUAUUCACAAGAUGAUGAUCAUGAUUCAGAAUAUAUUGAUGGUUUUCGAAUGAAAUGUCGUUUUAUUAAAUCAAAUCAUAUGUUAUUAUUUACUAACGAACAAGAUCGUCUUAUUGAAAUAACUGAAGCAACACGAAGUCAAUCGUACAUUGAUGCUCAUAAACAUUAUCGCAUAAAUUUAUUUGAUUUAUAUGUUUUAUCGAUUCGUUUAAUUCAUAAAUCAAUGUCUUUAAAUGACUGGUGGAUGGCUUAUAAGACUUUUGUAACAACAUCGAAUAUUAAUAGUAAAGAAAAACAAAUUCAAUUACUUCGAAACUAUUCACAUAUAUUAUAA